AUGUCCUACAACGGCAAAGAAGAGGGUUCGGCCUCCUACGUCGAACCCACCACCACCAACCACACCAACCAUGGCCGCCACACGCGCGACCACCCGGACGACCACCUCAGCGUCGGCCAGUACCUCGCCACGCGCCUCCCCACCCUCAAACCCCCCAUGGACAAGCUCGAGAACCCCUUCACCCUGCUCGCCAUGCUGAACUUCAAGCAAUGGAUGUUCUUCCUCGUGGCCUUCUUGGGUUGGACCUGGGACGCCUUCGACUUCUUCACCGUCUCAUUGACGGUGUCUGAUCUCGCCGAGACGUUCGGGAAGGAUACGAAGGCUAUCACCUGGGGCAUCACGUUAGUGCUGAUGCUGCGGUCAGUGGGCGCGAUUAUAUUCGGGAUCGCGAGUGAUCGGUACGGCAGGAAAUGGCCUUUUAUCGCCAACUUGGUCCUGUUCAUCGUGCUGGAGCUGGGGACAGGGUUCUGCGAUACCUACGAGCAGUUCCUCGGCGUGCGAGCGCUCUACGGGAUCGCGAUGGGUGGGCUGUACGGCAACGCGGCGGCUACGGCGCUCGAAGACUGCCCGGAGAGGGCGAGGGGGAUUAUUUCGGGGAUGCUGCAGCAGGGCUAUGCGUUCGGGUAUCUCCUCGCGACGGCUUUUGCGCGCGGGCUCGUGGAUACGACACCGCAUGGCUGGCGUCCGCUGUACUGGUUCGGCGCUGCUGUGCCGGUGUUGAUUAUAGCCUUCCGUCUCUGCCUCGGCGAGACGGAUGCGUAUAUCGAACGCCAGCGUCUCCGCUCCAGCGACGACGGGGUGGGCAAGACGUUCGUCGCGGAAGGCAAAGUGGCGCUAAAGCGGCAUUGGAUGCUGCUGAUCUACAUGGUCCUCCUGAUGGCCGGGUUCAACUUCAUGAGCCACGGCUCCCAGGACCUCUACCCCACUAUGCUGGAGAACCAGUACCGCUUCUCCGCCGACGCCGUCACCGUGACCCAAGUCGUCGCCAACCUCGGCGCCAUGUGCGGCGGCACGAUCGUGGGAUAUCUGUCCCAGAUGCUCGGGCGGCGCUUCAGCAUCAUCUUCAUCUCCGUCGUCGGCGGUGUGCUCUUGUAUCCCUACUCUUUCACCGGAUCCGAGAAGGUGGCUGCUGCGGCCUUCUUCGAGCAGUUCUGUGUGCAAGGCGCUUGGGGCGUGAUUCCGAUCCAUCUGCUCGAGUUGGCUCCGGGGGGGUACCGCACGUUCGUUGUUGGGACGUCGUAUCAGCUGGGUAAUCUUGUCAGCAGCGCGAGUUCGACCAUCGAGGCGACGAUCGGAGAGAGGUUCCCACUUCCCUCCAUCACAGAGGGUGGAGACACCGUGCAGCGAUAUGCUUAUGGCAAGGUCAUCUGCAUCUUCAUGGCGUGCGUCUACGUCUACGUCAUCAUCCUCACGUUUCUCGGGCCUGAGUACAAAGGCCGCAAGAUGGACGCUGAAUCCGAUCAGGACCUGCAGGAAGCGCGAGGUGUGAGGCACGCGCCGAACGACUUGGAGCAUAACAGCGAGCACUCUGAUGAAGAGAAGACGGAGAAGAUGUGA